AUGGCAGAAAACAACCUGUUUCAGCUGUCACCACUUGCCGAAUUCCACCCGUCUUCACAUUCCCGUUCCUGGGCCUCAGUACCAAAUCCAGGACUCCAACCAUUAAUAGUUACAGCUUCUGCCGACAAAACAGCUCGCGUCUACUCGCUCGUAGAUUUUACACUUCACUCUAUCCUUGAGGGCGGCCACUCCCGAUCCGUAAGGAGUGUCGCGUGGAAACCAGUUAUCAAUGAAGAUGCACCCUUAACGCUAGCAACUGGAAGUUUCGACGCUACACUCGGGAUUUGGCGGCACAUCAAGGAAAAAUGCAACGAUGAGAAGCAAGACCAAGAUAUUAUCUUAAAAGACUUCACCCACGCAAAUCUAGCAGAAUCGGUUCACCUUCAAAAUGGGAGCGCCGAAACCGACGAUGAACCUGACUGGGAAUUCUCAAUUGUUCUUGAAGGCCAUGACUCGGAAAUCAAGCACGUAGCUUAUUCACCUUCAGGCCAAUUCUUGGCAAGCUGUAGUAGGGACAAAAGUAUAUGGAUUUGGGAAGAGAUAGGAGCAGAAGGUGAGGCUGACUUCGAGACGGUCGCGGUAUUACAGGAUCACACUGCAGACGUAAAAUGUAUCUCAUGGCGAAAAGAUGACGGCAAAGGCGAGAUGCUGGCGAGCGCCAGUUAUGAUGAUACGAUACGCUUCUGGCGCGAUGUAGAUAAUGAAGGCGAAUGGGAAUGUACAGGAACCUUGGUGGGGCAUGAAGCCACAGUCUGGGCACUAGAAUGGGAGCCGGAUGUAUCAAUCUCUCUAACCCACGCCACCUCUGAAGAACAAGAACAGAAAUACACCCCAAGAUUGAUGUCUGCAUCUGCCGAUGGUACAAUUCGAGUCUGGUCUCCUAUAGCCACAUCGCCAACACCCACCCGCCCCUCAUACCAUGACGUUUAUAUUCCAUCAACUAUGCGUCCAGCUCCAGCUAUGGAAAAAUGGGAAGUGACUGCCACACUACCAAAAGCUCACCAAAUGCCCAUAUAUAGUAUUAGCUGGAGCAAGAAAACUGGUCGUGUAACAAGCUCUGGCUGUGAUGGCAAGAUAGUGGUCUAUGAAGAGAGAACAAAAGGGAGGGGUGUGGAAAAUUCUGGAUCAGAGAGGGAGUGGGUCAUCAUAUGCAGCUUGGAUAAUAGUCAUGGGCCGUACGAAGUAAACCAUGUUACAUGGUGUGGAAGAUGGGAUGACGGACAAAAUGGAGAGAAUGAAAUGAUCGUUUCAACUGCUGACGAUGGCUCCAUCCGGGCCUGGACUCUAGAUGAGAUCGCAGCAUGA